AUGGCGCUCAUUGCUGGCAAGACCAUCAUCACCUCAAUAUCCCUCUUCCACCUCACCAUGGCCUAUUUUAUGCUCUUCAACCCGCGCACCGUUGAUGACCAGAUACUCGUCUACAUUCUCGGUCGCAGCAUGGGACUGCCACCCGCCCGCGGCCUCGACGCACCCUCCCCGGCACUCGCCUUUCUCGCCGUCGUCCUCGCACUGCUGGGCCUGAGCGACCUCGUGUCCUUGUCCAUGCCCGAAGAGCUGGGUGCGCUCUACUACUGGGGCACGCAAGCACCCCUUCGAUUUGUCUUCUCCAUGGGUCUCGUAUUCUACAGCUACACCUUUGGCCCGACCGGCCCCCUCGGCGUCUACACCACCGGCACCAGCCGCAAGCCCGGCUUCUUUGGCGGCGGCGACUCCGCCACUGACGGCCUCAAAAACCGCGUCAUAUUUACCUUUUGCUUCGUCGAAAUGGUGGCCUGGUUUUGGCUCUGGGUCACGCUGCGCGAGGAGCGCGUCGGCGUGGUGGAGCGCCUGCGCAAGCAGCAGGAGCGCAACGCCUUGUGA